AUGGACUCGACUCAGAACGACAAGAUCACCCAAGGCGCCGACUUCAAGGGCGCCGAUGUCGAUAAUGUCGAGAACAACUACACCGACCCCAACGCGCCCCGGGCUAUGAGUCCCGAGCGUCGCGCGGCAGUCGAGAAGAGCAUGAAGCGCAAGCUUGACAUGCGAUGCUCUCUGUUUGUGCUCAUCUACAUCAUGAACUACCUCGACAGAAACAACAUCGCCGCUGCCCGUCUCCGCGGUCUGCAAGAUGACCUGCAGCUGGACAACAACGAAUACGCCACCUGCCUGAGUAUUCUGUACGUCGGCUACAUUCUCAUGCAGAUCCCCUCCAACAUGGUCAUCAACAAGAUCUCCCGCCCGUCCUGGUACAUCGCCGCCGCCAUGUUGAUUUGGGGCAUGAUCUCAACCCUCUCCGGCGUCACCACAAACUUUGGAGGCAUGGUCGCCACCCGUUUCUGCUUGGGCUUCAUCGAGGCCGCCUUCCUGCCCGGUGCCCUCAUGAUCCUGUCAAAGUGGUACACCCGCCGCGAGCUCACCACCCGCAACGCCAUCCUUUUCUGCGGCAACCUCAUCUCCAACGCCUUCUCCGCCCUCAUCGGCGCUGGUGUCCUUUCCAACAUGCAGGGCGUCCUCGGCCACGCUGCCUGGCGCUGGCUCUUCUGGAUCGAGGGUGCCGUCACCAUGGGUGUCGCCAUCUCCGCCGCCUUCAUCCUUCCCGACUUGCCCACCAACUCCCGCGGCUUCACCGAGGAGGAGCUCUACGUCGCCCAGCUGCGUAUGACUGAGGAUGUCGGUGAGGCUGACGCCGACUCGGAUGACAUGGGCCCUCUUGACGGUCUCAUCAUGGCCGUCAAGGACGUCAAGAUCUACAUCAUGAUGCUGACCUUUACCGCCUACGUCGUCGGUCUCUCCUUCAACGCCUUCUUCCCUACCCUUACCCAGACCUUGGGCUUCGGCUACGUUCCCACCCUGCUUAUGAGCUCCCCUCCCUGGGCCUUCUCCUGCCUUAUCUCCCUCAUCAACGCCUGGCACGCCGAUCGCACUCAGGAGCGCUUCUGGCACAUUGUCGGCCCUAUCUGCGUCGGUCUCAUCGGUUUCGUCAUCUCCAUGUCGACCCUCAACGUCGCCGCGCGCUACGUCGCUCUCUUCCUUCAGGCCAGCUCGUACGCCGGCUUCAUCGUCUUCUACUCCUGGAUUUCAUCCUCAUUCCCGCGUCCCCCUGCCAAGCGUGCCGUUGCCAUCGCCAUGAUCAACGCCUUCUCCCAGCUUGGUAACGUCGCCGGAUCGUACGUCUGGAACCUCAAGGAGAAUGGCUUCCGCAAGAGCUACGGUAUCGUUACUGCCAUGUUCGGUGUCACCAUUGUUGGUUGCUACAUCUUCAAGGUCAUUCUUGACAAGCUGAACAAGGAGCUUGAGCAGAGCGAGGCGGCUGAUACCGCCAACAACACCAGCGCGGAGGAGGCUGAGGCUUCGCACAGGCUGGGCAAGGGUUUCAGAUACCUUGUCUAA